UAUUAAGGAUGGCUGAUGCAUCUUAAAUUUAUAGUCAAAAAAAGUAUUUAUAUAGGCAGGAUGGUUUAUUUAUUCGAUUCAAUGACAAUGAUAAAGAAUUGAUAAUUAGAUCUUAAAAUGGAUAAAUUGACGUAUAAUUAAGGUAAAAAUUUUAAGAUGUUAAUCUAUAAUAAUCAGAUUGUUUAGAAUUCAAUGCAAUUUAUGGAAUAAUAACUUUAAGAUAAUUGAAUUAUUUAGUUGUCGUAGUAAAAGCUGCAUCCAUAAGCUCAAUUAUGAAUUUACCAAUUCUUUAAGCAGAGAAAUUCUAAUUCAUUCCUAUCGAGGAUAAAAAGUAAUAUGAAAUUAAUAAAAUCAAGAAUAAACUCUAAAGAUGCCUAAUAUAUUGCAGGUCUUCAGGAGAUAUUUAAUACAAAAACAUUUUAUUAUUCUGAUUAAUACGAUCUUACAAAUUCUUUGUAGAGAUAUAUAGAAAAUAAAGGAGUUCGUAAACCAUUAUCCUAAUUUUGGGUGAACAGUGAGAAUUCUAAGCCUUUUCGUCUAUGUAAUCCAGAAUAAUGGAUACCAAUCUUUAUUUCUGGAUUAAUAGCAAUUAAAUAUUUCAAAUUAAAUGAGAUAGAUUGUUAAAUCUGUUUAAUUAGUAGACGAGAUAAGAGAAGAAUGGGUAGAAGAUUCAUUAGUAGAGGCGCUGAUUUAGAUGGUAAUUGUAGUAAUUUUGCAGAAACAGAAUAAAUAUUUAGAUACUAAUCAAAUUAUUUUUCAUUUUUAUAAUCAAGAGGUUCAAUGCCUUUUAAAUGGAUAUAAAAACCAGAUUUAAAAUGGGCACCAAAGGCUAAAAUCUUAGGAGAUAUUACUACUAACACUGAAAUAGCUUAAAAACAUUUUUCUGAUUAAUUUUAAUUAGGAAUUCAAAGACAUAUUCUUGUUAAUUUAAUUGAUAAAAAAGGUACAUAAAAUAUUUUAGGAAAUUAUUAUAAUGAAAUUAUAAAUAGAUUAAAAAUUGAUAAUUUGAGGUAUAUUUGGUUUGAUUUUCAUCAUGAAUGUAGAGGAAUGAAGUAUUAAAAUUUAUCUAAAUUAAUAAAUAUGAUGGCUUCUGAUUUAAAAUUAGAAGAUUAAUUUAAUUUUGAUUUAAAAUCAGGAACUUCUUAAUUAAAUAUAAUUAAUGUGAUGACUACUUAGAAAUGUAUUAUUAGAACUAAUUGUGUCGAUUGUUUAGAUCGAACAAAUGUUGUUUAAUCUGUUAUUGCUAGACAUUAACUUUGGAAUAUAUUAUAAAAAUUAGGAAUAAGAAGAAACACUGUAAAAAAUUCAAUUUAUUUUAGAACUUAGCAAUGGAACCAUUUCCUGAUAAAUUAGAAUAGAUAUUUCGAGAUAUUUGGACAUUGAAUGCAGAUACAAUAUCAUUACUUUAUACUGGAACAGGAGCUUUAAAGACAGAUUCUACAAAAAAAGGAAAAAGAACAGUGUUGGGAGCUAUAGAAGAUGGUAGAAGAUCUAUAAUUAGAUAUUUUAUUGGAAACUUUCAUGAUGGAGGAAUUUAAAAUAAUAUUGAUGUUUUAACAAAUAAAAUAGAUUUGAAAAAACAUCAAUUUAACAAUAGAUUCUUUACUGGAUGGCAUUGUCUGAUUUUGAUUGUAAAUAAUAUUUAUUAAUAAAAGUUUGCAUCUGUUUAAUUUGGAUUAUGGAAAUUUAGUGGAUUAGCUUUGGAAAAUCAAAAAAUGAAUUAAUUUUUGGGCAUUCAAAAAAAAUAAGAGAAUAAUAAUGAAUAGCUGAAGAUGACAAUAGCCCAAUUUGUUUUAGUAGCAACUGGAAUGUUUAUUAUUAGAACAUUUAUCUUAAGUAAAUAUAAACUGUUUGUCAGAGAAGCUAAGCUAAACCAUUGAUUGAAUACACAAUGAAA